GUCACCGGACGUUUUUUUCCGGACGCUUGUUCUAGAUUCGCAGAUUUUCUACCUCCACGCGAGAUCGCUUACGCCGCACGUAGUGUGUCGCUUUGGGUUGAGUAAUAAAGGACAGAUAACAUGACAUGGGAAAUAAAUGUUGUACUGGUGAUUCAGUGAAGAAUGGGCUGUAGUUGAUAUUCAUCUAAAGGGAUUAUGGCAUCAUGACGGAGGACAUGACGCACAUGACCGUGAAGGUGGCGGCACUGCGUUUUGUGGACCUGCCUCUGUCGGUCUAUUGCUCUCUCCCACAGGUGACGCUAAGCGCAGGCACUAAAAAGCUGUUUGCAGCUACUGCGUUCGGUGCCGUCUCUGUUAUCUUUCUCGCUCGCCGCUUCAGGAGGAGGAAGGGCAAGAAAAAAGCUGGUUCGCCUGUAGAGCCGGAGAAGUUUGAGUUACUCACCAGUAUCCCGCUGACUAAAGAGAUUGCUAGCAGUGCUCAAAAUCUGCCUGUGAACUCCUCUUCUAAUGUGCAGUUCAAUGACCUUUACAGCAAGUUCUCAGGCUCCCUGCACAGUCUGGCCUCGGUGAGGAGCAGACACUCCUCCAGCAGUUGCACGUGUGCUAACAGCUCCGGCUGCUGGGAUGAGGAAGGAAAUGAUGGUGAUGUCUGUAACUUGCUCAGCAUCCCUGUCACCAGUCCAGAGAAUCUCUACCUGAUGGGGAUGGAGCUCUUCGAGGAGGCCCUGCAGCGCUGGGAGCAGGCAUUAACCUUCCGAAGCAGGCAAGCAGAGGACGAGGCCAGCUGUGCUGCAGUUAAACUGGGAGCUGGAGAUGCCAUCGCAGAAGAAAGCAUGGAGAACAUCAUCAGUACAGAUUUCAUUCAUAAGCUGGAGUCUCUGCUACAGAGAGCCUAUCGGCUACAGGAGGAAUUCGAGGGAACCCUGGGAAUGACCGAUCCUUCAACACAUCCUACUAAUGCAGAUAAACAAUCUGUGAAAGAGGACCUUGAAGACAUCUGUCUCAGAGACUCGAUCAGUAUCGCCUCCACAGAUUCCUUUGUGUCGGCCGCAGAGUUGUCUGAACACAGAGAAAUGAGGAGUGUGUAUGCCCUGGGGUCAUUGUGUCAUUAUCCCUUCUAUGAGGAGGCGCUACAGAUGGCUGAAGAGGGAAGGAUCUCCUGUCGGGUUCUGCGAACUGAGAUGCUUGAAUGCCUUGGAGACACCGAUUUCCUGGCAAAGCUGCAUUGUAUACGACAGGCUUGUGAGGUCAUUUUAUGCGAACGGGCAACUAGGGCAUUUUUGGCUGACACGGGAAAGAAAAUAUUAUCUUCAAUAAUUGUCAAAGCAAGGAAGAGCCCAAAAAGAUUUGAGGAGGUCUUUGAAGAAAUGAUCUGCUUCCUCGAGCAAUCGGAUCACUGGGAGAACACCGAAAUUGAGCUUUCGGCAAGAGGGGUAAAGCAUCUAAACUUCUAUGACAUUGUUCUUGACUUCAUCCUAAUGGACUCAUUUGAGGAUCUUGAGAAUCCACCGAUCUCCAUCCAGAAUGUGGUCAACAAUCGCUGGCUCAACAACUCCUUCAAAGAGACAGCUGUUGCAUCAAGUUGUUGGUCCGUUCUAAAGCAGAAGAGGCAACAUAUAAAGGUGCAAGAUGGGUUUAUUGCUCAUUUCUAUGCAGUAUGUGAACACAUUAGUCCCGUUUUGGCUUGGGGUUUCCUGGGCCCCAAAAGCUCCCUGCAUGAUUAUUGCUGCUUCUUCAAGGAGCAGGUGCUGUUCUUCCUAAAGGACAUCUUUGACCUGGAUAAAGUACGUUACUCCAGUCUGGAUACUCUUGCCGAGGACAUCCUGCACCUGUUGCACAGACGCUCUGAGCUUCUCCUCGCCUACCUGGGUGUCGACUCACUUCAUCACUUAAACGGCUGCGUUGGCACACCUUUGCACUUGGUACCUAGUGAUUUGCUGGAGACCCAGGUCCAGGUGGUAACCUGACAUGUAAACCCUCCUGCACGACAUGUUUUCAUGGACAUUUAUUCACAGUAAGCAGCUGAAUCUGGACUGCAGAGCACAUUUAUAAAUGACAUGAAGAGCAGCAGUAAUAGUAGUGCCAUAUUCAAAAUGAAAUGUGUAUAGACCAUUUCAAAAGAUGUAAACACUACUGGUCCAGAAACACUUCCUGUUUCAGUUUGUGACUGUUUCUUAUUAUAUCGUUAUCUUUAAGAUGUUUACAUUUUUGAUUCAGUUCUAUAGGUUGUAUUUUAUCCCAACUAGUGUUAAAAAACUGAAACAGGAAGUGCUUCUGGACCAGUGUUGUUUACAUCUUUUGAAAUGUUUUUUUUUUAUAUGUAGGCUUCAUGUGGUGUCCCAGUGAUCGCUUUAAAUGGAGUUUGUUUUUUUUAAAGAUUCUAUACCUCGAGUGCUUUGUGUAAAAAAACUUGAAAAAUAUUGUGAACAUGUAUUGUCAAGUGUCUCGUAAGACCUUAAAGUUUUUUUAAGAGAUGUUAAGUGUUUCGCUGAUAGAUGUGAAUUGUUAAAGGAAAACACCUCAACUUAGAUAAAUUAAUACAUAUCUAUCUUUUUUCAAUGCGUGCACUUAAUCUUUGUACAGUGCGUUGUGAAUGUGUUAGCAUUUAGCCUAGCCCCAUUCAUUCCUUAGGAUCCAAACAGGGAUGAAUUUAGAAGCCACCAAACACUUCCAUGUUUUCCCUAUUUAAAGACUGUUACACGAGUAGUUACACAAGUGAACACUUCGACCUAAAUUUAUCCCUGUUUGGAUCCUAAGGAAUGAAUGGGGCUAGGCUAAAUGCUAACACAUUCACAACAUGCUGUACAAAGAACAAGUGCACGUCUUGAAAAAAGAUAGAUAUGUAUUAAUUUACCUAAGUUGAGGUAAGAACAUAGUAAAAUAUUAAAAAACUGUGGCGUUUCCCUUUAAUUGCUGACAAACUCUUUAAAGUAUUGUGACCCACAGCUUUUCCUCCGAAGAUAAAAGCAAAUAGUGUUAUGUUCAUUCUCUAGCUUAACUGUGUAUUAUGAGCUGUUUUGUAUUAACUUAAAAAAUAAAAACAAACAUUUUCAAAGAUAACAA